UUCUCAAUUCGUCGAUCUCAAUCGGAAAACCAAACACGAAUCACGGCGUGAGCUUGCGUUGGCUCCCGCAUGGGUGGCGGCGAGGAUGGACUCUGGCGAACCUCUGCGAAGAUCGGGUUGGCGUCGGUAGCGGCAACUGUGGCGGAGACGGCGACGUUUCCGAUAGAUAUCAUAAAGACUAGGCUUCAGCUCCGCUAUGGCCACUCCUCCACCGGAGCCUCCCUCCGCGUUGCAGCGGAUAUAUGGAACAAGGGCCGGAUGCUUGGGUUCUAUAGUGGUCUCUCUCCCGCCGUCCUCCGCCAUGUAUUGUAUACUCCCGUUCGCAUCGUCUCCUACGAACACCUCCGUAUCUCUUCCUCCGAUGCUGAUGUUUCCCUCUUCCGCAAAGCUUUCGCCGGAGGCGUUUCAGGCGUCGUCGCACAGGUUUUGGCUAGUCCAGCUGAUCUGAUAAAGGUGAGAAUGCAAGCAGAUGGGCGUCUUCUCACACAAGGUCUUCAACCCAGGUAUGCAGGAAUUUUUGAUGCUUUCAGAAAGAUUGCCCAGUCAGAAGGUUUUUCUGGCCUUUGGAGAGGGGUUGUCCCAAAUGCUCAGCGAGCAUUUUUGGUGAACAUGGGAGAAUUAACAUGCUAUGAUUCAGCAAAGCAUUUUAUCAUUAACCAAGAAAUUUGUGAAGACAACAUCUUUGCUCAUACAUUGUCAUCUGUUGCAUCUGGUCUCUGUGCAACUGCUCUUAGCUGCCCAGCUGAUGUAGUCAAAACUAGAAUGAUGAAUCAAGCUGCUGACAAAGAGGUUGUGAGUGCAUACAUGAAUUCCUUUGAUUGUCUGAUCAGGACCGCAAGGUCUGAAGGCAUAUUGGCAUUGUGGAAGGGUUUCAUCCCCACAUGGGCCAGGCUUGGCCCUUGGCAAUGUGUGUUUUGGGUUUCUUAUGAAAAGUUCCGGCAAGUCUCUGGGCUCUCAUCUUUCUAAUGCACUUUCUCAGAUUCCUUUGCACCUGGUUGUUCUCAAGGUGUGUAUAAUUGAUGCCAAGAACUUUUAACAGAACUGACAUUCAUAAGAAGGCCACCAUAAAUCUCAUUUAGCUACAUACACAAAUAUUUGCCAUAGUACAAUGGCCUUCUCGAAUUUUGUUUCCAUAUACACAAGUCUUGUAUUAUACAUUUUGCUAAUGCCUUUUUUCCCAUAAUGAAACUAAACUGUGAGAGGAAUUAUGUAACUUGUUUCCAUUGAAUUGGGGUUGGUUUCACUUGUUAACCACCCAAUUUUCUUGA